AUGGUCUCCAAGGUUUUCAUCAUCGCGGCUGUCAUUGCCUACGUCGAGGCUCGCUUCGGACAGGAGCAGGUUCCUAUUGCGGCCAUCAGCGGAGUUCAGGGUGGUGCAGGCGGCGCUGCUGCUACCAUUGCGGGAGCUGCUAUUUCUGACUUGCUUGGUGCAGCCAACUCUUGCGACAAGCUCGUCCGCGCUGACCAAAUCUUCACUGAGCUCGGUGGUGGUGCUGAUGCCCUCGCUGCUGCUAUUGGCAUGGUAACAGCAGAGAAGAACACCAAUCCUUUCGCCAACGGCAACGUUCAGAAUGUCUGUGGUGAUGCCUCACUUCCUGUUACCCCCGAGCUCCGUGGUAUCACUCCUCUCAUCGACCCUGCUGUCGAUGUCAAUGGCGAGGCCGCUGCUCUUAGCGCGAGCUCUGCUGCUAAUCCCCUUGCUGCUGACGGACUGAGUGUGUUUGAUCUCAUGGAUCAGGCUGGACUUGGCAACUUGGUUGCCAGCCAGGCUUCUGCUGGUGGUGCGGGUGGUGCCGCUGCAGGAGGUGCUGCCGCUGCUGGAAACAACAACAACGCUGCUGCUGGAAACAAUAAUGCAGCUGCUGGCAACGGAAACGCCGCCAACAAUGCCAACGCUGGCAACAACAACAAUGGCGCUGCUGCUGACAACCAAGCUGCUACUGGCGACAACGCCGCUGCUUGCGACAGCAACGCUGCUGCUGGUAACGGAAACGCUGCUGCUGGUAAUGGAAAUGCUGCCAACAACAACAACGCUGGCAACCAGAACAACAACAACAACAACAAUGCCAACGAGGAUGCUGCUGAAGACAACGCCGGCAACAACCAGCAGAACAACCAGCAGAACAACGCCAACGCCGGCAACCAGAACAACAACAACGCCAAUGCUGGCAACCAGAACAACAACAACAACGCUGGUGCCGGUGCCGGCGCCGGCGCGGGAGCCGCAGCUGGCGGCGAAGACUUUGGUCUCUGCACCCCAACCAUCACCUUCCAAGGCGGGGAGAACGGGCGCCCAGCCGACGAAUUCACCUUCCAAAUCGCGGACCCCCUUGCACGCGGUGGCCAGGGUGAAGCCCUCAACCCAGACAUCAUCACCAACGCCCUCUGCAACCAGCUCACCAACGUCUGCGAGGCCAACGCCGCCGCCGUCGCCAAGUGCGAGAGCGCUGCCGCUGCUGUCAAGGGCGGAACCCGCAACAAGGCUCUUGCCGAUGAGUUCAACUCGCUUAUUGGAUUCCCCGGUGCGGUUACCAACCCUGAUGGUGGUCCCGAGGAUGUUGCUGCUGCCAAGCGUUCCAUGCGCAGGGGUUUGAGGUUGUAA